AUGUUUAAUGAUACAAAACAUAUUGUUGCAACAGUGCGACGUAUGCAUAAACAACAGAAGUUAUCAAAAAAAUUAAUUCUUUAUUCAGAUACUCGUUUUAGUGGUGCUUAUGAAAUGUUAAUUGUAUUUAAUGAAGUUUUUAAUGAAUUAGCUAAUCUUCUUGAUUCACGAUUAUUAUUAACAUAUGCGACCAUUGAUAAAAAUCUUUUAGAUGAUAUUUGUGAAUUCUUAUCCACAUUUGAUGCUUCUUUUGAAAUUUUAAGUGACAGUCAACGACCAACACUUCAUCGUGUUUUACCAUUAAAACAGCUAUUGAUUAACAAAUGUUGUAUUAAAGGUGAUGAAUUAGAAGGUUUAAAACAAGUAAAGCAUUUUUUGGGCAAACGAUUAGAUGAAAAAUGGCAAAUAUCAGAUGAACAUCUUAUUGCUACUCUAAUGCACCCCAACUUAAAACAUUUUCAGAUGUGUCCUCAUCUGAAAGAUCGUGCAAUAUCUUUAUUAAAAGAAAAAAUGUUUAAAUGUCAACAUGUUUUAUCAACAAAUACAUCAACUGUUGCAUAUUCAUCAUCGCCACCAACAACAUCAUCAACAUCUACAUCAUUACCUUCGUCUUCUUCACCAUCUAUAAAUACUAAUUCAUCUUCUGCACGAAAACGCUUAUUAUUAGAAAUCUAUGAUAAACCAAUUGAAAUGCCAAUUAGAACAAACAUUGAACAAGAAUUAGAAUUAUAUCUUGCAUCAACAUGUAUUCUAAAAGAACAAGAAAAUGAUGAUGUUCUUUCAUAUUGGAGACAAAAUGAACAUUUAUAUCCAACAAUUGCAUAUAUUUCUCGAAGAAUAUUCGCUAUUCCAGCUUGCAACACAUCUGUUGAGCGUUUAUUUUCAACAUGUAAGAAUACAAUAACUGAUAAACGAACAAGACUUGGUGGUGAAAAAUUAAAUAAAAUCAUGUUUUUGCAAAAGAACAUGAAUAUUUUAAAAGAAAAAUUUGGUAGUAAAUCUUUUCCAACACCAGAUGAUCAAGAUACAAAACAAAAACAACAUACAGUAUCUUUAAAUAAUGAAUCAAUUUCAAAAAAACAAAAAACAAAUGAUCCUUCGAACAAUUAUCAAAAUAAAAAUGAAUAUUUAAUUCAUACUGAAAGUGAAGAAAUUG